AUGAAUUCGUCAAUACGAUUAUUACGUGCUAGAUCAGUAUGGAAAGGUCCAUUUAUAGUUCCAUUACCAAUAGCUCAAGCAAUAAAAAAUAAAACACCAAUAAGAACGAAAGCAAGAAAUUGUACAAUUAUACCACAAUUUGUUGGAGUAAAAUUUGAAAUACAUAAUGGGAAAGAUUUUGUUGAAUUAGAAGUAACUGAUGAUAUGGUAGGAUCAAAAUUAGGAGAUUUUGCACCAACAAGAAAGAAAUUCAUGUAUAAAUAUUCUAAAAAUUAA